AUGGGCGGCUACUACAGGAACUCCGACGUCACAGAUCCAAGCCUCAGGAACACUCCACUUCCAGAGAAGAUUAGGUGUUCGACAUGCAACAAAUGGAAGGGUCAGACAAACUUCGCCCGGAAGCGCCUCAACGAGCUCCGCGAAAGAAUCCGCGACGACAGGCACCCAUUCACCACCCAAUGCACCUUGUGCACUCCUCAGCAGGUGAUGGAGCUGAAAUGUAAAAUGUGCGCCAAGGUGAAGGGUCUGGAUGAGUUUUCAAAGGCCCAGAGGAAGAACCCAGACCACGCGAAGUGUAAUCCCUGCAUGAAAGAGCAGCUGGAGCUUGAAGCGAUCGAGGAUAAGCUCACCUACCAUGGCGAAGUCAUCACGAACUCGGAUUCAGACGAUGACGAUGAUGAUGACUCCGAUCCGGAGCACUACUUCGAUGAUGCCGACUCGAAUUACGCACAGUCCGGCACGGGAACAGCCACUGGCAAUCUCAUUGGCGACUUUGAUGACCUUUCCCUCAGCGACUCUCGCUCCACAACCACUGGCGGCUUCUGGACCCCUCCCCAUGACCGCCCUGCAGCUGGUGGAAGUAAGGCUAGUGGUUCGGGUAGUGGUACUGGAGCCCGCGCCAUGAGUUAUGCGGCUUCAGUCUCGUCGACUUCGACCGUCAAAAAAGACGGCAGCUCCACUUGGGGUAGUAGCUUCAACCCAAUGGGCUACGGCCAUCCUCGCUCGUCUUCAGUUGCAGACUCGAUGGAGACGAACCGUCCCGGGAGCAGCAAGAAUUCAGGCUGGGCUAAGAUCAAGGCAUUCAAAGCAGAGCAGGAACCAGAGCCAAAGGACAAGGACGAGGACGAGGACGAGUGCCCUUGGGGGGAGGCGGAAGAAGAAGAUUCAUCAAGUGACGAAGAUGACUCAGACGAUGAGUACAAGUCAAACAGACGCGCGAAUGGAAAUCGCAUCCGCGGCCCGAACUCGGCUUUGACCGAUUUCUUGGCUGCAAACAACAUUUCCGCUGCUGAGAUUCGCGACAACUAUGAACGCCGCCGCCAACAAGCCACGGUACAUGCCGAGAACUCCGCCUCGCAGACACCCGACGCCACUUCCAGCUCCAACAACGAUGCACAGCCUGAGGAAGCCGAGGCAGGCCCAGCUGCCCCUGCCACCAGGAAGCGCAAGGCGGGCGAGAUUACUGCCGAGGCAAAGAACUUGGCCAAGAUCAAGAAGAGCAAGGCUUUCCAAAAGAAAAAAGCCCAACGCAAGGCCGAGGCUGGAGAUAGCGACUCGGACUACGACGAUGCCCUUGCACGGGAUAUGUACAAGAAAGUACAGCCUCCCCCUGGUCAGUUGGAGAACUGCGAGAUCUGCAACAAGAGGUUUACCGUAACGUCAUACAGCAAGACCGGUCCCGACGGAGGCCUGGUGUGCACACCCUGUGGUAAAGAGCUUGCUGCUGAGGCUGGUCCUUCAAAGAAGCAAAAGAAACCUGUUGGCCAGACCCGUCGACGCAAGCUCGAGAGUGAUCGCAUGGACGCCACAUACAAGCCUCAGGGAGCCAAGACUCUUGAACAACUCUGCAUCGAAAAGGUUGCGAAGCACCACAGCGAUAUCGACGAGUUCGGCGACCUUCCCGAGAAUGUGCUGGACAGGAUCGCUGAGAUCUUCUCCAAGAAGCGUGUUCUUAACCCGCGCACUCUGAAGCUCUUUCUUCGCUCCGACCUCGACAGCGUUGCUGUCCAUGACGCGGCCUACCUCGAGACAGAAGACUACACUGAGCUCUUCGCCAAUGCUCCGCACCUGAAGAAGGUCGUCCUGCGGAAUGCGACCCAGUUCAAGGACGAAAACGUUGAGUACAUGCUUGACAAGUGCAAGGACGUACAGUAUCUGCAACUGUACGCCGCGAACUUGGUCACGGACGAGAUGUGGCACCAACUGUUCAUGCGUCAUGGAAGCAAGCUGCAGGAUCUCAAGCUCCAAUGGCUCGAUGCGGCAUUCGAUGACGACGUUGUCGAUACCUUGGUCGCUAACGCCCCCAACCUUGUCCGCCUCAAACUCAAGCUUUGCCGACGAAUCACCUCGCGGUCCAUCGAUUUGAUUGCCGAGCUCAAGCAUCUCCGUCACCUCUCACUCCAGACGUCUGCAGAGGUCCCGAGUGAACGUGUUGUGGACCUAGUUGGCUGCGUUGGUGCCGAGCUGGAAACGCUAUCACUUGAGCACUUCCUGGAUGCGAACGACGACGUUCUCGACGCCAUCCAUUCGCAGUGCAGAAAUCUGCGCAAGUUUCGCUUUUCUGAGAACGACUACUGCUCCGAUGCAGCUUUCGCUGAUCUAUUCACGGACUGGGCUAAUCCGCCGCUCCACAUUGCCCACUUGAACAGCACCCGGGACGUCGACAAUCAGAACCCCAAGGGGCCUGAGCAGGCCAUCGGUCUUGCGUCAGAUGGCAUUCAAGCGCUCAUGAAGCACUCUGGCCAAAAGCUCAGGUCUUUGAACAUUGCAUCCUGCCGUCAUAUCUCGCAUGAGGCCUUCAUGAACGUGUUUGAUGGCCAGAAGAUUUAUCCGGAACUGAAGACCAUCGACAUCUCCUUCUGUAACCAUGUCGAUACCGUCGUCGUUGCCGGCAUCUUCAAGUCAUGCCCCAAGCUUGAGCGUCUAGUCAGCUUCGGCAAUUUCAACGUCGAAGGCGUGGUGGUACCCAAGGGAGUCGUACUCAUCGGGGUUCCGAAAGCUCUGGACUCGAUUGAACAAGCCGGCAUUGCCGAAUUCGACAUGGCACUGGCAGCGUCGUUGAUGGAGCCUCUCGAACAGGCUUCCAACAUGAUGGUUGGUGUUGGUGCCUGA